AUUUCCCAGAGUAGAAACAAAGAAGCGUAGACGUAGAAGUAGAAGCGUGACGGAAACUUGCUGCUACCGAUUCCCUUCUUCCGUCAUCACAGGUUUGGAAAAGUAACCGUCACUUGGCGGUUUAUUUUGUCCCUCUUUUUCCCACUGCCACCACCGUUAAUUAAAGUAAAAGCGAUGUUCAAACGAAGAAAAAAGGAUCAGAGUUUUAGUAGUGAUAGCAGUGCCUCAGAUACAGCCAUGCCUCCUUUUCCUCACGUCAGAACAACUCCAACACCUUCAUUCAAAUCCUUCCUCUUGAUGCUCUCCAUUCUCCUCAACCUCUACCUCCUCUUUCUCACGUGGGCCCCAUCAUCCGCGCCACUUACUUCACCCACUCGCAUCACCACCCUCUCCCCGACCACGCGCCGCCACCUCCUUUUCUCCGUCGCCUCCUCCUCCCUCUCAUGGCAUCGCCGCCUCCCCUACCUCCGCCUCUGGUACUCCCCCAACUCCACCCGCGCCCUCGCUUUCCUCGACAAACCACCGCCACUUCCUCUGAACUCCUCCUCCUCCUCCUUUUCCCCGCCGGUCGUGAUCUCCGCUGAUACCUCCGCGUUCCCCUAUACUUUCCGCGGGGGGCUGAGGUCUGCGAUUCGAGUGGCGCGAGCUGUGAAGGAGGCCGUGGAUCGUAAUGAGUCAGACGUGCGGUGGUUCGUGUUUGGCGACGACGAUACGGUGUUCUUCGUCGACAACGUGGUUCGGGCGCUAGCGCGGUACGACCACCGCCGGUGGUUCUACGUCGGGAGCAACUCCGAGAGCUACGAGCAGAACGUGAAGUACUCGUUCCAGAUGGCGUUCGGCGGUGGCGGCUUCGCGAUCAGCAGUUCCCUCGCCAGGGUUUUGGCGAGGGUUUUGGACUCUUGUUUGAGGAGGUACGCACACUUGUAUGGCAGCGAUUCUAGGAUUUAUUCCUGCGUUGCUGAGCUCGGUGUUGGCUUGACUCAUGAACCUGGCUUUCAUCAGGUCCUUUGAUAUUAUUAUUAUUAUUAUUAUUACUACGUUCUAUUUGGUUAUUGUUUCUCUGUUACGUUUGUUUUUUGCUUUUAUCUAUGCGCAUGUGUUGGAUUCGCUGGCUGUGUUAUUUUCUCUUUUUUUUUGGCUGUUUCAAUUUUUGUAUGGGGAACAGUGAACUCAACUCUGUCGGGUUUUUUUUAUCACGGGGAGAUUCGGCACGCUAUAAGAAUUUCAUUUAAGAAAAUUUGAAGGCGAUGGGUGUGUGUAGAGUCUUUUCUUAUAUAUUUUAUAUACUGCUCUUCAAAAUCAUUCCUAUUCAUUCCUACUUAAGAAUCAUUGUGACACUUACAAGUGGGACCAAAAUGACACGCGGAAUCAUAACAAACACUUUGUAGGUGACUCUAUGCAUGUGAUGCUGUGUAUUGACCUUCGCAUAUGGAUUGAUUAGAUAUUAGAGUUGGAGUAAUUGAUAGAAUUUAGUUGUUAUGGCUUGUGUUACUCUCUGAUUGAAUUGUCCCUCCAAUGUGUCUAUCCAAGGUUCGGAAUCUCAAAGGGAGAGACCUUCAUUUAAUUCUGAUACUGUCUUUGAUAUGCCGUGUAACAAAAAGGGGGAAAUGUGAAAAACGGGGUUGGUUCUCAGCGUCUCCUACAAUGUGGUCAAUGAAGUUGAAAUCCUUUCUAUAGUGAGUUAUCUAUAUUUAAGUUUCUGACAGUGUUUCAAAUAAGAUUGUCUCUGAAAGAGAAUACGUGAGAAACCAAAAAAGGGGAAAGCGCAGUGAGAUGUGUAACCUUUAUUUGUUCUUUAGUAUCUUAUGGGCUGUGAUUUUUUGUUUUUUGGCUUGGUGUUAAUGCACUGAAGAGUUGGAUGUCCCAUGGAUUACUCGCUUACUUCCUUUAUGGGUGUUGGAGGCUUGUUUACAAGGACAAAAC